AUGCAGCAGCCGUGCCGUCCGGGCGCCAGCCCCCCGUCCUCCCUGUCUCCGGCGUCCUGCUCGUCUUCGUCCUGCGGCGGCGAGGACGUGGACGACCUGGCGGCGGUGGAGGGAGGCGACUUCACCCUGAGCGUCCUGGCGGGUCUCCACGCCUCGUCCGCCCCCGCCGCCGAGCCGUGGAGCUCGGCGUCCAACGCCGGCAACCUCAGCCUGUCCCUGGUGGACAAAGACCUGGACUCGCACGCCGGCGGCGGCGAAAGCCGCGGCUCCCACUUCGACUUCCCCGAUUACUGCACGCCGGAGCUGAGCGAGAUGAUCGCCGGGAACUGGCUGGAGGCCAACUUCUCAGACCUGGUGUUCACGUAUUGAUUACCCAAACCAACGGGCUAGGGGGGCAUCCGGGUCCCGGGUCCUGGGUCCUGGGAUCGGCUGCGUGCCAGAAACUGAUCUCCAUCCGUGGGAUACGUCAACAACUAACUUAGAAAACGGCAUCUUACCCGGUGUACUGGCCCUUUAAGGCCCACUUUUUCACUUGCCAAAAAGUGAUCCCCCCCCCCCCCACACACACACACACACACACACAC